GAAAGAAGUAUAAGUAAAGAAAUAUAAGUUUAUCAUAUGUUCUAUAUAUGUUCUCUAUGUUAUUAUCAAAUCAUCAAUGUGCAUAUCAGAAAAGAGUUAACGAUUCAACAUGGCAGAUGUACCUAGCGAAGCUCCUGAACACUGUCCUGGGACUCAGAGUGAGAAUGCUGGCAAAGCUUCAGCUUGUGCUGGGUGUCCGAAUCAGUCACUAUGCUCAUCUGGAGCUGCCAGACAACCAGAUCCUGGCAUUGCGCUUGUGAAGGAAAGGCUUUCUUUAGUGCAGAACAAGCUGCUAAUACUUUCAGGCAAAGGAGGAGUAGGCAAAAGUACUGUAGCAUCAUUAUUAUCCAGGUGUCUCGCAGCAAAUAAUCCUGACAGAAAUGUGGGAGUAUUGGAUAUUGAUAUUUGUGGACCAUCACAACCAAGAGUACUAGGAGUACUUGGUGAACAAGUUCACCAGAGUGGAUCAGGAUGGUCCCCUGUAUAUAUUGAAGAUAAUUUGUCACUAAUGUCAAUUGGAUUUUUGCUCAGCAGUCCAAGUGAUGCAGUCAUUUGGAGAGGACCAAAAAAGAAUGGUAUGAUCAGACAAUUUCUCUCGGAAGUUGACUGGGGGAACUUAGAUUAUCUUAUUCUGGAUACACCACCUGGUACGUCGGAUGAACAUUUGUCAGCUACAUCAUAUCUCAAGGGUGCCGGCAUUACGGGUGCUAUAAUAAUCACUACUCCACCACAAGUUGCUCUCUUAGACGUCAGGAAAGAAAUAGACUUCUGCAGAAAAGUAAACGUUCCGAUCUUGGGUGUAAUCGAGAACAUGAGUAUCUUUGUGUGUCCUAAGUGCAAGAAUACUGCUGAAAUAUUUCCAGCUUCGACAGGCGGUGCACGGGCGAUGUCGAAUGAAUUAAAUGUCGAAUUCUUAGGCUCAAUACCUUUAGAUCCAUUGUUAGCCAGAUGUUGUGAUGAGGGUAAAAAUUUUCUGACAGAAAUACCAAAUUCGCCAACUGUUAGUACUUUAAAUGGAAUUUGCAAACGCAUUGUCCAAAAGUGUGAAGAAGAGAAAGAGAAUUGUCCCAAUAAUUCUCAAUAAUAAUAUUGAAUGCAUCUUGUUAUGAUAAUUUGUGACAAACUCUCUUAUUAAUAAAGAUAUGGGAUGUUUUAUAGCAAAACUU